AUGUCUCCGCCGAUACGCGCUACAAGCUGCCCAUAUGAUACCGCACUUCUGGAUGUUCACCCUGGCAGCAACACAUGCUUCGAGCCUUUCUGGUUCAGAACUUUCAGGAUCAUUCGUCUUGAUCUGGAGGCUUUAGACGGUGACAUUGAGCUGAACGACAUCGUAGCUGACCAGACCAACUACCCACUAUCCAUCAAAGGCUACUGGAACGAUGCUUCCGAUUCGCAAAAUGACCAGAUGCAAGAAGUAUCCAUGUGGACACUCCAGAACUGUAUGUUCGAUGGAUACUCUGGCUGUCCAUUUUAUGAGCAGCUGCAAUACUCGAUGGAUAGCCGAGCCGUGGGACUCUUCCAUUAUCUCAUGUGUGGCGAUGACCGCCUGAUGCGGCAAGCAAUCACGAUAUUCGCAUCUUCAACCACAUUUGAAGGGCUUCCUCAAUCUCGCUUUCCGUCUCACGUCAAUCAGCUCAUUGCUGGAUUUCCGCUGUACUGGGUUCUGGAAGUGUGCGACCAUCACUUGUACUUCGGCGACAUUCCAUUUGCUCGCUCAUUUCUUCCACGAAUCGAUGGCGUUUUUGAGUUCUUCUAUCGCUAUACCGAUUCGCGAGGACUGAUCAGUGGACUUCCAGCAGACGUGUGGCAAUUCGUCGAUUGGGUCACAACAUGGCAUGCAACGGAUGAGCAUCCAGACAAGGGAGUGCCGACUUCAGGGCGCAACACAAACUGUCACACAUACUUUAGCCUACUGCUUGCAUAUGUAUUGAAGCAAGCUGCGCAGUUCGUGCGAGAUGUUGGCAUGCCAGGAUACGCAGACGAGUACGAAGCUCGAGCAGAUGCUCUUAACAAGGCUGUGCACGAAUGUUGCUACAAUGGUCAAUUCUUCACGGACUCUACGGCUGAAGUGGCCGAUGAUCUAUCGUAUUCCCAGCAUUGUCAAGUCUGGGCGGUACUUUCUGGCGCAGCUCCUCCGGAUGAACAUAUACGUCUGCUGAAAGAGAGCUUCAGCAACACAUCAUUCUCAAAGUGUUCGUACAUGAUGCGCUUCUACGCAAUGAGAGCUUUUGCUCUUGCUGGUGAUGCCGUGUAUAACUCUUUCUGGCCUACAGCUUGGGACCCUUGGCGGAAGAUGCUGGCGAACAAUCUGACGACUUGGGAAGAAGACGAUGUCAGGCAGAGGUCGGACUGCCACGCUUGGGGAAGUGUGCCGAUAUACGAGUACUGCACUGAGCUGGCGGGGGUGAAGCCAAUGGGACUUGGUUGCUACAAGAUACUCUUUUCGCCCCGGCUUCAGCUGACAGAUCAGUUCGAGGCGAAAGUUGCUCUGGGAAGUGACAAUGUGGCCUCUAUCAGCUGGCGUAAGGACCCGUCUAUUGCGACGCGUAAGGUGGUCACAUUAGCCUUGACAAAAGUGGUCCAAGUCGCCAGCAGAAUGCCUGGCAAUGAAGUGAUAGAGCACGGCUUGGUAGACACACUCGAGUUUGUCUAUGAAGACACUGCUUAA